AAAAAGGGCCCAUCUUGAAAUAACUCUUUCUAGUUUCUACACUACACACUAGGCACGAGUACAGAUUCAUUAUUCAUUGAUUUAACACACUCUCACCAUUACUUCCUACUCAGUCUUCACCGUUGCUCCAAUGGCUCCUUGCCACACCCUCCUCUCUUUCAUCCUCACAGUCACAGUAACACUUGCUGCCGCUUCUCCGGAGAAGAAGAGCACCUUCAUAGUGCAAGUCCACCAUGAAGCCAAGCCCUCCAUCUUCCCAACCCACAAGUACUGGUACGAAUCCUCUCUGGCUUCUAUUAUCAACCAUGCCACUGCAGCUGAAACCACCACCACCGACGCCUCUGCCGCCGUCCUUCACACUUACGACACUGUCUUUCACGGCUUUUCAGCAAAGCUCUCACCUUUAGAGGCCCAGAAGCUGGAAUCCCUGUCCCACGUUGUCGCAGUGAUCCCGGAGCAGGUCCGCCAACUCCACACUACCCGCUCGCCGCAGUUCUUGGGCCUCAAAACUGCCGACAGGGCCGGCCUCCUCAAGGAGACGGAUUUCGGUUCAGAUCUCGUCAUUGGAGUCAUUGACACCGGUAUCUGUCCCGACAGAGAGAGCUUCAACGACCGCGAUCUCGGCCCUGUUCCUCCCAACUGGAAGGGCAGCUGCGUCGCUGGAAGGGACUUCCCCGCCACCUUGUGCAACCGAAAGAUUAUUGGGGCUCGCUACUUCUCCGCCGGCUACGAGGCCACCAACGGCAAGAUGAAUGACACCCUUGAGUACCGUUCUCCCAGGGACUCCGAUGGCCAUGGCACCCACACCGCCUCCAUCGCCGCUGGCAGGUACGUUUUCCCUGCCUCCACUCUCGGCUACGCCAAGGGAAUGGCUGCCGGCAUGGCCCCCAAGGCCCGCCUCGCCGUCUACAAGGUCUGCUGGAGCGGCGGUUGCUUCGACUCUGACAUUCUCGCAGCUUUCGAUGCCGCCGUCGCCGACGGCGUCCACGUUGUCUCCCUAAGUGUUGGAGGCGUGGUGGUGCCCUACUACCUGGACGUUAUUGCCAUUGGUGCUUUCGGGGCCUCCGAGGCUGGCGUGUUCGUGUCUGCUUCCGCCGGAAACAGCGGCCCCGGAAGUCUCACCGUGACGAAUGUGGCCCCAUGGAUGACCACGGUGGGUGCAGGAACCAUAGACAGAGAUUUCCCGGCAAACGUGAGGCUGGGGAACGGCAAGAUAAUAAGAGGGGUCAGCGUGUAUGGGGGACCGGGUCUCACUCCGGGGCGACUGUACCCGCUUAUGUAUGCGGGGGGAGAAGCUGGCGGAGACGGUUACGCUUCUUCACUUUGCAUGGAUGGCUCCUUGGAUCCUAAGAUGGUGAGGGGAAAGAUUGUGGUGUGCGAAAGAGGCAUCAACUCCAGAGCAGCCAAAGGUGAGGUGGUCAAGAAGGCAGGAGGCAUUGCUAUGAUACUGGCCAAUGGAGUCUUUGAUGGUGAAGGCUUGGUGGCCGACUGCCACGUCCUCCCCGCCAUCUCCGUGGGUGCUCGCGGAGGCGACGACAUCAGAAAAUACAUCUCAGCGGCGUCACAAUCGCGGUCACCACCCACAGGCACAAUAGAGUUUGAGGGUACAAGGCUUGGAGUGAGGCCAGCCCCAGUGGUGGCAUCUUUCUCUGCUCGUGGGCCCAACCCCGAAUCCGCUGAGAUUCUGAAGCCCGAUGUGAUAGCUCCCGGGCUCAACAUCCUGGCUGCAUGGCCCGAUAAUGUUAGCCCUUCUGGGGUUGCCUCCGAUGAGCGCAGGACUGAGUUCAACAUUCUUUCAGGCACUUCAAUGGCAUGUCCCCAUGUUUCUGGUUUGGCUGCCCUGCUGAAGGCGGCCCACCCUGAUUGGAGCCCCGCCGCCAUCAGGUCCGCCCUCAUGACCACUGCUUACACCGUCGACAACACAGGAAGUGCAAUGCUGGAUGAGUCCACUGGGAACGCCUCCUCUGUUUUCGACUUUGGUGCUGGCCAUGUUCAUCCCGAGAAGGCCAUGAACCCUGGCUUGGUUUACGACAUCUCCGCCUAUGAUUAUGUGGACUUCUUGUGCAACUCCAAUUACACUGCCAAGAAUAUCAGGACCGUCACUAGAAAGGGUGCCGACUGCAGCGGUGCCAAGAUUGCCGGCCAUGCCGGCAAUUUGAAUUACCCAUCCCUAUCUGCUGUGUUCCAGCAACACGGGAAGACACAGAUGUCCACGCACUUCAUUAGGAGCGUGACCAAUGUAGGGGACCCAACUUCAGUUUACAAGGUGAGCAUUGCACCCCCGGAGGGAAUAACAGUCACAGUGGAGCCGGAGACUCUUUCUUUCAGGAGGUUGGGUCAGAAAUUGAACUUCCUAGUGAGAGUGGAAGCCCAGGCAGUCAAGCUUUCGCCCGGGAGUACGAGUGUGAAAAGUGGUUCCCUUGUUUGGUCUGAUGGCAAGCACACUGUCACAAGCCCCUUGGUUGUCACAAUGCAGCAACCUCUCUAGUCUUCAAUAAUCGCCAGUCUUGUUUUUCUUCAUUCCAGGUUUCGGUGUACAAAUUUUACCUCUUAGGUCUACUACAUGUAUCAUAGAUAUUAUAGAAUGCCUUCCCUUUAUCAAGGAUUUUUGUUUUAAGAACUUUAAUUUCUUGUAAAAAUAAGAAUGAUGCUUGUUGAAAGAGAAGGAUGAUGGAACUAUCCAUAUCCAUGUCCCAUGUGACCACCAGUUGGGUUUUCUUUUAGCUCGUUGCUAAUUACUAGUUACUAAAUCAUAUUCUAUGAAAGAUUUGGUAAGCGCAU